GGAAAUACUAGGGUUGUUCUAAAUAGUUCACCUCACUGAAAUGUCGUAUUGCUAACUUCGCCUUAAACGUGGAUACAGCUGCAAGAAAAAGACACCGGGGAUUUACACCUACACUAGUGUUCAAGAGGACAGUCGCUUAGCUUCAAAAAGAGAAAAAGCUUUAAUCGCUACAAUGGGAUAUGAAGUGGCCGACCUUCCCAGUGGACCCCUGGAUUUCUACAGGAAAAAGGCUUCUUUCAAUUGGAAGGACUUGUUGCUCUUCCUAAACGGAGAAGAAAUUCUGGCAUUCAAGCACCAUAUUUUCAGAACCCUGGAAAAUGACCCCCUAUUCGCUCGUGUGCCCGGUGAGGAUAUUCCCUUGGAGAAAAUGCGAGAACUCACCUUUCUCAGGGUGAAGCAGCUCUUCCAGUACAACUUCUUAACGAACGAAGAGGUCAUGGCUAAUCCGUGGAAGUCUCCCAUUCUCAGUGAGUGUCUGUCCAUGUAUGACUGUUCCAUGGCCACCAAGUCUGCUCUCAAUACAGGGAUGUUCGCAAUGACUAUUGCCAACUCCGGAUCAGAGAGGCAUUACAAAUAUGUUAAAAGCACUGAAGACAUGACAACCUUUGGAUGCUUUGCAUUGACUGAACUGAGUCACGGUUCCAACACCAGAGCCAUGAGGACCACAGCCACAUACGACCCUUCGACACAGGAGUUUGUGAUUAAUACUCCAGACAUCGAGGCUACCAAGUUUUGGGUGGGAAACCUGGGCAAAAAUGCAACCCAUGCUUUAGUAUUUGCUCAGCUCUAUACAGAUGACAAUGUGUGCCAUGGGCUGCACACUUUUAUUGUCCCGGUGCGAGAUCCGAAGACCUUGUUGGCUUUGCCUGGUGUCAUGACUGGUGACAUUGGCAAAAAAUUGGGUCAGAAUGGACUGGAUAANNGGUUUGUUACAUUCAACAACGUAAGGAUCCCAAGGGAAAACCUACUCAAUAAAACAGGUGACGUUACACCGGAUGGCCAAUACAUUACACCGUUCAAGGACCCCAACAAGCGUUUCGGAGCAUCUCUUGGUGCGCUGUCAGGCGGCAGGGUUGGCAUUACACUGACCGCUUUGGCCAAUCUAAAGCUGGCUCUGGUUGUGGCAAUCCGUUUUUCGGCAACUAGAAGACAGUUUGGACCCAAGGACUCUGAGGAGAUUCCUGUCUUGGAAUAUCAGAUGCAGCAAUGGCGUCUCAUCCCGUACUUGGCAGCUGCAUACGCACUUGAACACUUCUCCAAGACCUUCUUCCUAAAUUUUGCUGAGUUUCAGAUUGGACAGAUGAUGAGAGACAACAGUGACAGACAAGCAGAGAUGGGAAGGGAGAUCCAUGCCAUAUCCUGCUCCAGUAAACCACUAAGCUCAUGGACAAGUCAGAGAGGGAUUCAAGAAUGUAGGGAAGCCUGUGGUGGACAUGGAUACCUGGCCAUGAAUCGCCUGGGCGAUCUCCGUGAUGACAAUGACCCAAAUUGCACCUAUGAGGGAGACAACAAUGUGUUGCUGCAGCAGACCAGCAACUACUUGCUUAAAUGGCUUUAUGUUAAGCAAAAUGAUGGCGUUUGCAUCAAGGCUCCUUUGCGCUCUGUGGAUUUCCUGAAUGAUUUCAAUGAUAUUUUGAAGACCACUUUCACAGCAACAACUGCUGAUGAAUGUAUGGACGCCAAAGUCCCAUUGGAAGCAUACAAGUGGCUGGUGUGUUUCCUCCUGGGCGAGAGUCGGAAAAGAGUGGAACAGCAGGUUAAAUCAAACAGGAGUAUGUUCGAUGCCACCAACAACAGCCAGGUGUACUACUGCCGUUCCUUGUCCAUUGCCUUCAUGGAGCAUCUGUGCCUGCAGAGGUUUUAUGAGCUGGUGACUGAUCAGAAUACACCCUCCUCACUGAGACCUGUACUCGGCAAGCUCUGUGCCUUGUACGGACUUUGGAGCCUCAGCAACCACACUGCCACACUCUACCAAGGGAGUUUCUUCAGCGGAAGAAAGCCGGUGGAGAUUAUCCAGAUGGCUAUUCUUACUCUCUGCCUUGAGCUAAAAAAUGAUGCUGUGGCGUUGGUGGAUGUUAUAGCCCCAACUGAUUUCAUCCUGAACUCACCAAUUGGAAAUGCUGAUGGUCAGCUUUACAAGAACUUGUGGUCAGCAGUGGUGAAUGGCCACCAAGUGCUGCAGCGUCCACACUGGUGGAAAGAGUUCUGCUCCAGCAAACCUGUCAUUGGUUCACUGCAUCCCAAACUGUAAAAACACUUUACUGGAUUAUCCUUUGUGUAAGUAAAACUGCUCAGGAUGUACCUAAAAUGUACAGUUGGAUUUUUAACAUUUAUUAUUAUACGGAAAAAAGAAGUGAAUCAGUUAAGCUUGAUAUAUAUACAGUAUAUGUAUAUAU